AUGGUUUAUAUUUUUACAGCACUGAAUGGUCAGAUCGUACAGUUCAAGUUAUCAGAUAUUGGAGAAGGUAUCACAGAGGUUACAGUGAAAGACUGGUAUGUGAAAGAAGGUGACACAGUGUCACAGUUUGACAGUAUCUGCGAAGUACAGAGCGACAAGGCUUCAGUGACAAUCACCAGCCGCUAUGACGGGGUUGUUCGGAAGCUGUAUUACAAUGUGGAUGACAUAGCAUUUGUGGGGAAGCCUCUGGUCGACAUUGAAACUGAUGUUUUGAAAGCCCCAGAAGAGGAUGUUGUGGAGACUCCUGCUAUAUCUCAAGAGCAUACACACCAGGAAAUAAAGGGACACAAGACUCUAGCAACUCCAGCUGUCAGACGUCUUGCCAUGGAGAACAAUAUAAAACUAAGUGAAGUAGUGGGCACUGGACGGGAUGGCCGUAUCCUAAAAGAAGACAUUUUAAGCUUUCUGGCCAAACAAACAGGAGCCAUAUUACCACCUUCUCCACAAAUAGAGAUCAUACCACCUCCUCCUAAAGCAGAGAUCCCCAAGACAUCCCAGAAACAGAUAACCCCUAGUAUUCCUGUGACAUUUACUAAACCCAUCACGUUCUCUGGAUUCCAUAAAGCCAUGGUGAAGACCAUGUCUGCGGCAUUAAAGAUUCCUCACUUUGGGUACUGUGAUGAAAUUGAUAUGACACAGGUUGCCCAGCUGAGAGAGGACCUGAAGCCUGCAGCUGAAGCACGAGGGGUUCGUCUGUCAUUUAUGCCCUUUUUCCUCAAGGCAGCCAGUCUGGGUUUACUGCAGUAUCCAAUCCUAAAUGCCUCCGUGGAUGAAAACUGCCAAAAUAUCACGUAUAAGGCUGCUCACAACAUUGGGAUUGCUAUGGAUACGCAUCAAGGUCUGAUUGUCCCAAAUGUGAAGAAUGUACAAGUACGGAGUAUAUUUGAAAUUGCUGCUGAACUUAACCGACUUCAGACCCUGGGUACCUCAGGGCAGCUGGGGGCUUCCGAAUUGACAGGAGGAACUUUUACACUAUCCAACAUUGGUUCUAUUGGGGGUACUUAUGCCAAGCCUGUUAUAUUACCACCAGAAGUGGCUAUUGGUGCUAUUGGAAAAUUGCAGGUAGUUCCACGGUUUGAUUCAAGAGGGCAGAUUGUGAAAGCUCAAAUCAUCAACAUUAGCUGGUCUGCAGACCACAGGAUUAUCGAUGGCGCAACCAUGUCCAGAUUCUCCAAUCUAUGGAAAUCUUACCUAGAGAACCCAUCUUUCAUGCUCCUGGAUCUAAAAUGA